AUGAGACUGACCACAGAGCUCAUUUCUCUUGGAUACACUCAAUCAAAUACAGACCACUCUCUAUUCACCAAAGCUACUCAUGAUUCUUUCGCUGCACUUUUGGUGUAUGUUGAUGACAUGGUUCUAGCUGGUAAUAACAUGAACGAGAUACAAACUGUCAAACAACAUCUUGAUAAGCUUUUCAAGAUCAAGGACUUAGGUCCUCUUCGUUUCUUCUUAGGAUUUGAAAUUGCUCAUUCCCAACGAGGCAUAGUCCUAAAUCAGAGAAAAUAUACACUUGAAUUGUUGACUGAUAGUGGUGUGAUUGGAGCAAAGCCUGUAUCUACUCCAAUGGAAGCCACACUUUGUUUAUCUCAAAACCAAGGAGAGCCUUGCCAUGAUGCUGCAGCUUAUCGUCGCCCAGUUGCAUGUCUCUUGUAUCUAACAGACACCAGACCUGAUAUUUCUUUCGUUGUACAACAAUUGAGCCAGUUUAUAGCGCAACCUAUGAAGUUUCAUUUUGAUGCUGCUCUUCGAGUAUUGAGAUACCUCAAGGGAUCUCUAGGAAAUGGGCUCUUCUUUCCUUCUCAAAACUCACAUGUCCUCACAAGAUUCACAGAUGCUGAUUGGGCCACAUGCCCAUAUACUCGUCGUUCCACUUUAGGCUUCUGUGUGUUCCUUGGAUCAUCGUUGAUUUCUUGA